AUGUCAUUACCUCGUCCCAAAAAACCGAAAGAGGUGGCUCUAGAUUGGACGAAGGCUGCCACGCUAAGGCCAAAUCGGAAAAUUACGGCAACGGUUAAACGACUUAGUGUGAUUUCAAUGUCGUCGAGGGUGGCUAUGGCGCCGUUUCAAGGGACGGCGCCCGCGUCGGGACGUCAAGCGAAGAAGGUGAACGUACCGGUAGUGCCGAAUAUGUCAAUGGUCGAUAGAAGUAAAUACGAUGACGUGAACCGCAAUGUUCGCAGCAAUCUCAGCUGCCGAUCUAUGGCCUCGCCGUCACGAAUGAGUGACGAUCACAGCAGUGACUCGCAAAACAGUAACCGCCACGAUCAUGCCCAUCAGUUCCAAGGCAAGCCAUUAUGA